CUUUAUUCUCCUUCGUUAUCAUUCUUCCCAUCAAUCAUUCCAAUCAGCACAGAACCUGCAUAGAUCUUCUCAGAUUGUUAUUCUGCUCUCAGUCUAAAAGAAUUAGACAAGACCCAUCUCAUCAUCUCUUUACCCUUACUCUCAGUCUUAGAUCACUUUCUUAAUCUCUGACCCUCUAAUCAAGAAUACUUCACUCUUAGUCACCACUUGUCAAGCUCAGUUUCAUCCUAUAAUUCACAACUUAGCGUACUCUUUGAAAGAUCUUCUUUAGUUUCCAGCUCUUAAGCCUUGGUGAUCUCAAUUCUCAGACAGUUUGAGACCAAGCUUAUCUUUAUUCUCCUUAUUAUAUCUUAAUUAACACUCAUCAUCUUUCUCACCUUCAAGCCUUAUUUGAUCACAUAGUCCACAUCUUCUCAUCCACAGACCACGACUCCUGAGCCUCACAAGCCCACUCAUCAUAACAAAGAUCGAAAAAGGUAACCAAGGUCAACACGAACGCGAGAGAGCUUGAAGAACUCCUAAAGUUAUUUUAAAAACCAGAGCACCCAGUUGAUCUUGGUACUCAGCAUUAUUGAUCUACAAAGCUCUUUGCGUCGUGCAUAGUCCAAAUCUCAAUCUUCAGCAUUUACUGUGUACUCUUUUUUUUUGAAUUUGUUUCUCGAGUUUAAAACCAGACCGCAGUUUUCACUAUCACACGCGUACAUCUUGUUUUUUCAGAUCAGGCACUUGUAGCAUACAAUAUCUUUUCAUUAAAUCUUGGCAGUUAACUCUCAUCGGCUCACUUUUUUUGAUCAACACCCGCCAUUCUAAAAAAUCCCAUCUCAGCCUUUUCUUAUCAAUCCGGUCAUCGUUAACUUUUACUAAACUUGUUGAUAAAUAUUUAUUAACCUUUCUUUUCCUUUACUCUCUAGACAAAUAAGAAUUUUUGAACGCUUUUCGUCUUGAAUUUUUGAGAUUUAAAAGUACUCCAUCAGUAAAUCGUUUUCCUCUCCAACUGUAAACUCUUCUUCAAAUCAACAUGGACGAGAAACAAACCCAGAGCAAGCUCGAUGGACCAGAGACGUAUCAAAUCGAGGAGGUUGCUCCUCCUCAUCAGGAACUCAAUCGGGCCAUGAAAUCACGUCAUAUUCAGAUGAUCUCUAUCGGCGGUGUUAUUGGGACUGGAUUGUUUCUUGGUACUGCGAAUGCAUUGGCGCGUGGUGGUCCACUCGGGUUGUUACUCGGAUAUACCGUCAUGGGUACUAUUGUAUGGAAUGUAAUGGCAUCAAUAGGAGAAAUGAUUGCUCAUCUUCCUAUCCCUGGAGGUCAUGUCACAUUAGCUAGGAGGUUUGUUGAUCCUAGUCUUUCGUUUUCUAUGGGAUGGAAUUAUUGGUACAACUGGGCGAUUGUGCUACCUACAGAGAUCACAGCAUCCGCUGUACUAGUAAAUUAUUGGACCAAGGAAGUUAACAAUGCGGUGUGGAUCACGAUCUUCUUAUUGAUUGUCACAGCUAUCAACAUGGGUGGAGCCAAGUUUUAUGCCGAAUUUGAAUUCUGGUUUGCAUCCAUCAAAGUGGUCACAAUUGUGGGCUUGAUCAUUCUGGGAAUCGUCUUGGACGCUGGAGGUGGGCCCGACCACGACGCCAUUGGAUUCCGUUAUUGGAGGAACCCGGGUCCAUUUGUACAAUACCUCCAGAUUGAAGGCUCUUUGGGUCGUUUCCUUGGUUUCUGGGCUGUUCUUAUCCAGGCUGCAUUCUCAUACAUUGGUACUGAGAUCACUGCUAUCACAGCGGGUGAGGCGAAGAACCCUAAGAAAUCGCUUCCAUCAGCCAUUAGGGGAGUUGCUGUCCGAAUCUGCAUGUUCUACAUCCUUGGUACCUUUGUCAUCGGACUCUUGGUCGCUUCUAACGAUCCACGUCUCAACCUCGAUUCACAUGAUGCCGCCUCUUCACCCUUUGUGAUUGCGAUCCAAAAUUCCGGCAUCAAAGCUUUACCAUCGGUUAUCAAUGCCGCAUUGCUUUCUUCUGCCUGGUCGGCCGCCUCGAGUGACAUGUACUCCUCUUCACGUGCACUUUACGGUCUCGCUCUUGCUGGAAACGCUCCUAGGGUGUUUGCUAAAACUACUUCGUGGGGAUUACCAUGGGUCUCGCUAUUGGUCUCAUUUGUCGUCGGAUUCCUUUCAUUCAUGUCGGUUGGAGUGGGUAGCGCUGGAGAAGUGUUUGGGUGGUUGUCAACCAUGACUAGUGUCACCGGUUUGUUGACAUGGGUCGGAAUCUUGAUUACCUAUUUAAGAUUCGAUGCCGGAGUUAAAGCCCAGGGUAUUGAUCGAGACCUGUUUCCAUACAAAUCCACAUUUAGGACGGCUGGUGCUAUAUAUGCUUUGGUGAUGUGUUGUUUGAUCUUGCUCUUCAACUCUUACACUGUCUUUCUUCACGACCAUUGGAGCACAGCGGAUUUCAUCACUGGAUAUCUUCCGAUCGCACUUGCUUUUAUCUUAUACGGCGGAAGCCGAUACUACUAUCAGAAGUUUGCAAAGAUUCGUGCUUCUCCUUUUGGAGUCCAUGAGAUGGACUUUGUGACAGAUGCACGUGAUGAGUCACGUGAUGCAGAGGAAGAAGCAGUGACCGGAACAGCUUGGGAGAGAUUUAAAGCUUGGGCGUAAAAAAACGACGUUGGUUUUCUUUUAUCGAUUUCUUGUUACUUUUUCUUUUGCAAAAGGAAGAAACAAAAAGGACCCUCAAUUUAUUUUUGAUAUCAUGUUUUUUUCGCUUCUAUCAUAGUUUUUAUCAUAUAGUUCUCAAUGAGGAUUUCAAAUGUGUGUGUAUGCAGCACGAUGUACUCAACUUUUUUUUGUUAUGACCUACUUGUCCCAUCCCCCUUUCCACCUCUUAUGUUUAUAUUUUAGAUAGAGUACGUCGUGUAUGGUUUUUUUUGCAUUGUAAAGCGAUGUUAUUGAUGUUUUUUUGGAAUAAGAAUCUUUUGAGAUUCUUUGG